GUCAAGAAAACAUGUGGCACGCCAAAACUUUUGCCCUCACUGACAGCGGACAAUGAUCUACGCCCUCUGCAGCCGCACAACAUUAAAUGGGCAACCCCACCGGAUGCGGAAAUUCUGCACUUCCAAUCAACCAUAGACAAAUCCAAGGAAUUCUACUCGAACAUCGUCAACAAUGUGUGCGAAGACGAUGACAUCCAACGAAACGAUCACAACUGUUGGACAGGCGAUCGUGUUGGCGACUACACCCAACUAGUGAUGACCCAAGGUGUAGACACACAACGGUACAACCCCGAGGUGCCGCUGGUGCCAAGCUCGCAAUCGACGAAAUUGAAUGAGUUGGUGGACAAGUUGAUCAAGGUGCGCAAGAACAUCGGAACGGCGAUACCAUCCACCACGCGUUCAUACUCUGACAUACAGAGCGAUAUGGCGCGCCACGAUGAGGAGGGCUCCGGCGGCCACAUGCCCGACGACAUGGAUGACGAGGAAUACGGCAACCAGAAUGGCUCAGGCGAUGGAUCUGGCGAUGGUGCCACCUCAUCGCCAUUCGAUCCGUUGGGUCCAACCGAGAUCACCAACAAUGAAAUCGAGCCACGUCAAGAAUCCGCGGCGACGCCGCUCACCGCCGCGUGUCCCAGCCGCCUGAGCUCGCUGCUGGUCGGCGCCGCAGUACUAGUCACAUUCACAGCCCUUUUGCGAAGCAGAAGCUAAACGCCAACAAUGCAACGCAACGCAACGCACACAGCGCAGCUCGCCAGCAAUAAAUGUGGAUGAUGGGGAAUGCAAACAAACUAAAUUUGUUUCACUUUAGGAAUACUAUGUAUAAUUAAUUUAUACAUAUAUGUAUAUGUAUGUAUGAACGACGCCGGACAAAGGAAACACACAAAAAACUAAAAAAUUUAAUUAACAAUUUAGUUUAGGUAUACGCGCUAUAUGUAAUGUAUACAUACUUGCAUGUAAAUAUGUAUGUUGAUAUGCAAGCAAGUACAUAAAAAUUGAAUGUGGAGAGUGCAACUCUGUUUAA